AUGGGGGACCGUAUAGGGCUAACCGGUGACCCACUUCUUUUCCAAGUAUGUUUUGCUAAUUUUCACCUUAUUACAAAGUAUUGUGAGCUCGCUAGUUCUUCGGCCUUCUCCACGCCUCAGAACGAUUCGACCUUGCGUUUUUUUAAGUCUAUUUCAAACGUUUCAUCAAUGAACAAUAUUUCAAUGGAUAGUCAACUAUCACAGGAACAUGCGGCUUCAGUGUUAGGGCUUUUCGAUGGGUCUCUGCAAGAAUCGAUAUGCACUGUGGAUCAAAAACCUCCCAGAAAAAAUUGUCUCCAUACCAACCAGAAUUUGCGAACGCGUGCGUCAAUAAAACUUUCCAUUUUUUGACAUGGUUUUCACUUUCUUUCAUGUGUUUGCCUUCAGGCUUUUUGACAACAUUGCUUUGAAAAUUGGGCGCAUUUUAGGUACGGUUUCUGCUCAAGCGAUCUCUUUCUCCUUGGGAAACUGGACCGACUCCUUGGAAUCCGUAAACCUCAAAGUAGGGAUUUCAUUCCUGCAGAACCGUUCCUGCAAUUUAGCCUGA